AGCAAGACUCACACUUUUUAUAGUCAAUUCCCCAGCAUGAAAACCCAAUAGGCAGCCUACUUAAUCGUUACAAUACAUAGUAAGCCUGACCAAAAAAGUCAGUGGACGGCUGCCUCGCCCCAACAGAUUUUAUUUCUCCCGUAAAAUACGAGUAAGGUGAAACCUACAAAUUAAAUCAUGAUUUACGGCAUGCUGGUGACACUCUCGACGGCAAUCUAUACUACGGUGGCCACCCUUUGGCAGGUUCAACAGACCCUAAUCAAUUGGAUGAUGUCGUUUAGUCUUUUCAUUUUGGGUCUGUUCUGCAAGCCGUAUUUGAUAGUUCCCCUGUUGGCAGCUGGGUUCUUCAUGGUGCGCCGGAUCUUGCUGCGGCGGGCAAAGCGGACCCAAGCCUGGAAAUCGCCGGGUAACAACGAGUCUGGGUCGUCCAGGCAUUACUGCAUUAAAACCCCACCAUCACGCGACACGGAGAGCUCCCUGCCCAAUAGCGUCUGUGACACAUCCCAGAAGUAGUCGAGCAACGGAUAAUCACACGAUUCACACGGGUUUAUAAAACAUAUAACAUACGUCUGAAAUACUACAUACACAUUCCAUGAGAACACUCAUACAUGUGCACGGGUGUGGAUGGAUCCUAAGACUAAAGCAAUUAAAAAAUACUGCACUGUA